AUGGAGGGCACUUCUAUACUCCAUUCUUUCACUAACAUUUAUUUUGCUAUUUUUGCCUUGUUUUGCUUCAAGCUUUUAAUUAAGAUUUCUUUGGCUUUGCUGACCCAUUUCUAUAUUGUUAAAGGCAACAGAAAAGAAGCUGCCAGGAUAGCAGAAGAGAUCUAUGGAAUAGUCCCAGGCAGCUGGGCAGACCGAUCCCCUCUUCACGAUGCUGCCUUCCAGGGACGCCUUCUCUCUCUGAAAACCUUGAUUGCACAGGCCUGCCUGGGUGGGCACGUGGCCUGUGCCAAGGUGCUGCUGGAAAAUGGGGCUCAGGUCAAUGCAGCCACCAUCGAUGGGAUCACUCCUCUGUUCAACGCCUGCUGCAGUGGCAGCGCAGCCUGUGUCAGCAUGCUGCUGGAAUUUGGAGCCAAGGCACAGCUGGGGAACCACCUGCCUUCACCCAUCCAUGAAGCAGUCAAGAGAGGUCACAGGGAGUGCAUGGAGACCCUUCUGGCCCAUGAGGUUGACAUUGACCAAGAAGAUCCCCAGCAUGGCACCCCUCUCUACAUGGCCUGCACAUACCAGAGAACUGAAUGUGUCAAGAAGCUUUUGGAGCUAGGAGCCAGUGUGAACGUGGGGAAGCGACUGGACACCCCCCUGCAUGCAGCAGCGAGGAAAUCCAGUGUGGAGAUAGUUGUCCUGCUGACAGACUAUGGGGCUAACCCAAAAUGCAGAAAUGCUGACCUCAAAUGUGCCCUGGAUCUUGCCACACCCCACAGCAAAGUGGAGCAGGCACUUCUGCUUCGGGAAGGCCCUGCCAGCCUUGCCCAGCUGUGCCGGUUGUGUAUCCGGAGGCACCUGGGCCGCUCGUGCCUGUACACAGUGCCCAAGCUGCGCCUGCCCGAGCCUCUUGAGAACUUCCUCCUUUAUCGGUAGCUCUGUGACUGCCUUCAG